UAUACAGCCAUCAACCACUUAAUUUUUUCACAACAAAAAUCACAUAUUUGUUUGUUCGUCUGUUGACUCUCUCUCGAGGGGUGUUCUGAGAUCACACACAAGCUAUAACAAUGGUGAAGGCUGUCGUUGUUCUGAACAGCAGUGAAGGUGUCAGUGGCACUGUACACUUCACUCAAGAAGGAGAUGGUCCAACUACAGUUACCGGAAGCGUCUCUGGGCUUAAACCUGGACUUCAUGGUUUCCACGUCCAUGCUCUUGGUGAUACAACGAAUGGUUGCAUGUCAACUGGACCACAUUUUAAUCCUGCUGGCAAACUGCAUGGUGCUCCUGAGAAUGAGAAUCGCCAUGCCGGUGACCUUGGCAACAUCACAGUUGGUGCAGAUGACACUGCAUGUUUCACCAUUGUUGACAAACAGAUCCCUCUCUGUGGCCCAAAUUCCAUCAUUGGAAGGGCUGUUGUUGUCCAUGGAGACCCUGAUGAUCUGGCCAUGGGAUGCAAUGGGCAGUGUGCCACGCUCUUUGUCAUUAUAGCGGGUGGAUAUUUGGGUUUCAAGACUGGAUGGGUUGGCUACGAACUUCCUGUUGGGUAUUUCCCUUUUGGGGUCGAUGGGAUGCUUGCUGGGGCUGCAACAGUCUUCUUUGCAUACAUUGGUUUCGAUUCAGUGGCCAGUACUGCAGAGGAGGUGAAGAAUCCUCAACGAGAUUUGACCUUGGGUAUAGCAGCUGCACUAUCUAUAUGUUGUAUGUUGUAUAUGCUGGUUUCCGUGGUCAUUGUUGGUCUAGUACCCUAUUAUGCAAUGGAUCCUGAUACUCCCAUUUCUUCUGCAUUUGCUAGCACAUGUGGAAUGCAAAGAACAUGAUGUGUGCUGCUGACCCACACCACCCACCUUUCUUUUUUAUUAUUUUAUUUCAUCUUUCAAUUCACGCUUUACACAACACCUCCUGAGCAUCUCUCUCUAAUUUUUUCAAACCCAUUUUCCUUUUCUUCUUUUAUUUCUUUCUUUCUCUUCAUCCAACUAUCCACCAACUUUUGUCCACCUCUUUUCCUUUCUUUUAUUUUAUUUAAACACAAUGCCUCUCACAUGUUUUCAUCCACCGCCCACAUCUCUCACUUUCUUUAAUAUAUAUUUUUUUUAUUAUAAUAUAUUUUUCCUAUCCCUACUUUUAUUUUAUUUUAUUUUAUUUUAUUCUAUCUUUUGUAUAAUAAUGAAACAUUGAUAAAAAAAAAAAAAAAAAAAAAAAAAGAUUCACAACCAUCUCGGUUUUCAUUUCACAAACAUAUCAUUUUUGUUAUGACGGGAUCAACCCCGAUCACAAUUUUACACAAAAAAAAAAA